AUGAGAAGCAAGCGAGAAGCAAGGCUCUUGGCUCUGGAUACGGAGGAGCACCGACGUUGCCGCUCCUUCCCAGCACCACCGAGCUCUCGCGCUCUCUUUUUGUGCCCUCUACUCUCCGCUCUCCGCUCUCCGCCUUCCACCUUCCGCAGGAUACCGUCAUUUACCAUUACCUUCUUACUCUACCUGGCCUUCACUUCAUGCCACCUGAGUCUCUUCUUCUUCUCCGACGCUUUGUAUCCUCGUGCUCGUCGAUCGUCCGUAACAGUCGCCCUGAUCCUCGAGUGUGGGCACUUGUCCAUCAUUAUCGUCGUCACCAUCACCGUCGCUGUUAUAAUCGACCUCACCACCGACGACGCCGCCGCCGACAUCGUCCCUCAGUCUAUCAGCUUCGCAAGCCUUACGCCCUCGAUCCUUAGAGCAAUAUAUGACCAUGGCGUCCAACACCUCUCACAAGGGCUCGACCGUCGGGUAUGUUAUAUCGUCCGUUCAAGGGGCAUUCGUGUUGGAUCGACGGCGGACGCCCGCCUCGCCGAACCCACGAUCAUAUCCCUGAACCGUGCGUUUGGUUAUGAACCCAACAAUGUUUUUGCCCGUAUCUCGACCGGUAGCGUCAACCUUCAUGGAAAUACCGGUGGGCAAACCCACGACCAGGCUAUCGCAAGCCUUGAUGCCCAGAUGGCUAGGCAUACGGCGCUACCCGGUGUCAACGCCAGUGAGACAAACUUGUUGAAGAUCGGAUCGCAGUUCAAGUAA